GAUCGGAAGCACUUUUUUUUUAGAUUAUUUUUCACGGUGGUCCUAGAGAACGAGUGGAGUUCCUUGGAGUCUUAGGAAGUGGAGGUGGAGGAGGAGACCGGCCGUGAAAGAAAAGUUUUUUUCUUUCUUGAUCUCGAGUUAUAUAUGGAGUUCUGUUCUGUUUUAUUCUUCACUUUGUUAGAUUGAUUCGCAGAGGUCGGCGUUGUUUUGUGGUUUUGGAUCGAGGAUUCGGGAUAAAGAUUGGAUUUUUGGAGUGUAUAGUGAUGUAUGGAUCGCCGUCGAUGCCGGCGUCGAAGGAUCUAAGCUCCAUUCUGUUCGCCGGAAACCACCCUCAGGAGCACCCGAUGAGCUCCGGCGGCCUCCUCCGCUACCGAUCGGCUCCGAGCUCCCUGCUCGGAGAAAUCCGCGAGGAUUUCCUCCCGGUGAGCUCCCCCCCGUGUCCCGAGACAGCAACAAGCGCCGCCAUGUUCUGUAGAUUUUUAGCCGAGGAUAUCCAGAUCCGCGACGACGUGCCUCCCGGACGCGGUGGCGCUGCCGCAGCCCAGCCGCUCCUCCCUCAGUUCACUACGCUGGCGUCGGCGGAGCGGAGUGGAGCACUUUUCUCCCCUGCUUCGCAGCAAAAUCACCAGCAGCAGCAGCAGCAGCAGCAGCAGCUCGCGAGGGUGAUGGAGCAAACUAAGAACGGCGGCGCCGCCGCCUCCGGCUCAUCAAAUCUCGUAAGGCACAGAAGUUCCCCCGCCGGAGUUCUCUCGCAUCUCAACGCGAAUGCUGGAUAUCCAAACAUAUCAAAGAAUCAAAUCAGCUUCUCUUCAAUCCAAAACAUCUCCGAGGUCGUCAUCGCCGGGAGCAGCUCCGACGACAGCAGCGGAUACAUACCGCGAUUCCCGUCGAGCAAUAAUUGGGAGAACUUUUCGCGGGGAAAGAGCACGAUCGACGAUACUCUCAAUCCAACAGAGCUCGAGGCGAGGAAUCACGCGCCGACUCUGCCCCAUCAGUUCAGCUUGCCGCCGAAGCCCUCGCCGGAAAUGGCCGCCGUGGAGAACUACUUGCACUUCCAGGACUCAGGCCCAUUUAAGAUCCGAGCCAAGCGAGGUUGCGCGACUCAUCCCCGAAGCAUAGCCGAGAGAGUGAGGAGAACAAGAAUCAGUGAAAGAAUAAAGAAGCUGCAGGAACUAGUCCCAAACAUGGAUACGCAAACCAACACUGCAGACAUGUUAGGUCUGGCCAUCAGCUACAUCAAAGAUCUCCAAGAACAAGUUCAGACACUUUCCGAGAGCCGGUCGAGCUGCACCUGUUCAUCUGGCAAGCAGAAGCAAGAUCAUCAUCAUCAUCAUCCAUCAGCUUGAGAAGUAGAAAAAUAGAAAAGAUCCAUGUAGAUAUAUCUGUGUUUUUAUGAAGAAUCUGUAAGUCUUUAGAUGUACUGAAGAGUGUUCUUCCUAAACCACAUUGUCAAUUCCAUGAACUCGAUGAUGAUUACAAGCUAA